AUGAAUGAUUCUAUCUUCGAGAUAUCUGCUUUUGUGCAAGGCUGCAGAUCAGAUGUUAAGUAUUCUCCAUUCAUGGGAAUUGAGAAAGGAGCGGUACUUCAAGAAGCUAGAGUCUUCAAUGACCCUCAGGUUGAUCCUAGAAGAUGCUCGCAGGUCAUCACCAAGCUUCUUUAUUUGCUUAACCAAGGGGAGUCAUUCACCAAGGUUGAAGCAACCGAGGUUUUCUUUUCAGUCACAAAGCUUUUCCAAUCGAAAGACACAGGUCUGAGGAGAAUGGUCUACUUGAUCAUAAAGGAGUUAUCUCCAUCAUCGGAUGAGGUUAUCAUUGUAACUAGCUCCCUUAUGAAGGACAUGAACAGUAAAAUUGAUAUGUAUCGAGCAAAUGCUAUCCGUGUCCUCUGCCGGAUUAUAGACGGAACACUUCUCACUCAAAUUGAGCGAUACUUGAAACAAGCCAUUGUGGAUAAGAAUCCCGUUGUUUCAAGUGCAGCUUUGGUCAGUGGGCUUCACUUGCUAAAGACAAACCCAGAAAUUGUUAAAAGAUGGAGCAAUGAGGUUCAAGAAGGUAUUCAGUCCAGAUCAGCCCUCGUUCAGUUUCAUGCCCUAGCUUUGCUCCAUCAGAUACGCCAAAAUGAUCGUUUGGCUGUUAGCAAGUUGGUUGUCAGCUUGACCAGGGGAUCUGUCCGCUCUCCCUUGGCUCAGUGUCUUUUGAUACGGUACACCAGUCAGGUUAUCCGUGACAUGUCCAACCACGGUCAGUCUGGAGAACGUCCGUUCUAUGAAUUUCUGGAGAGUUGCCUGCGCCAUAAGGCAGAAAUGGUGAUCCUUGAGGCUGCCAGGGCGAUCACUGAGCUUGAUGGCGUGACAAGCCGAGAAUUGACUCCAGCAAUCACUGUUCUGCAGCUCUUUUUGAGUUCCCCCAGGCCAGUGUUGAGAUUUGCUGCUGUCCGAACUCUGAACAAGAUAACUAACUUUAUGUCCGAUAUUGCGGAUGAGUUCAAAAUUGUGGUCGUGGAAGCAAUUAGAUCGUUGUGUGUGAAAUUUCCACUGAAGUACAGAUCGUUGAUGACCUUCUUAAGCAACAUUCUUAGGGAAGAAGGUGGAUUUGAGUAUAAAAGAGCAAUAGUAGAUUCUAUUGUUACCAUUAUCAGAGAUAUCCCUGAUGCGAAGGAAAGUGGAUUGCUUCAUCUUUGUGAAUUUAUUGAAGAUUGUGAAUUCACAUAUCUUUCAACACAGAUCCUUCAUUUUCUGGGAAUUGAAGGGCCUAACACCUCAGAUCCAAGCAAGUAUAUACGAUAUAUUUAUAAUCGUGUGCAUCUGGAAAAUGCCACUGUCCGAGCUGCUGCUGUUUCGACACUGGCAAAGUUUGGGUUUAUGGUUGAAUCCUUGAAGCCCCGGAUUACCGUUCUGUUGAAGCGCUGCAUCUAUGACAGUGAUGAUGAGGUCCGUGAUAGAGCAACACUAUUUUUGAGCGUCCUUGUUGGUGAUGGUACUGUUGACACUGAUGAAGAUAGCAAGGAGUUUCUAUUUGGUUCUCUGGAAGUUCCCCUGGAUCCCUCUGAAGAAGCUUUUGAUAUCAACUCCGUGCCUAAGGAAGUAAAAUCCCAGCCCCUUGCAGAGAAGAAAGCCCAGGGUAAAAAGCCCACUGGUCUUGGUGCGCCACUAGCUGCACCUGCUUCUGGUUUUGAUGGCUAUGAAAGACUUCUCUCAUCUAUUCCAGAGUUUGCCGCCUUUGGAAAACUUUUCAAGGUUGACCCAAGCACAGGUGAAGCAGAGGAUGAUGGGGUAGAAGAUGAGUACCAGCUGGAGGAUCUAGAGGUUGUAGCUGCAGAUUACAUGGUGAAAGUGGCUGUCUCCAAUUUCAGGAACGCGUGGGAAAGCAUGGAUGAAGAUCUUGGGCACGUAGACGAAUAUGGCCUUGGCCCAAGAGAGAGUUUGGGAGAAGCUGUAAAGGCUGUCGUCGAUCUUCUUGGCAUGCAGCCUUGCGAGGGGACGGAGACAGUUCCAAGCAAUGCAAGGUCACACACUUGCUUAUUGUCAGGUGUGUACAUUGGGAACGUCAAAGUGUUGGUGAGGGCACAGUUUGGUAUGGACAGUUCAAAGGAAAUUGCAAUGAAACUUGCGGUUAGAGCUGAGGACGUCUCUGUCGCCGAGGCCAUUCACGAUCUUGUUUCCAGCGGCUAA